UUUUGAUAAUUGAUAUUUUUCACAUUUGAGAUGUUAGCGACACAUCUCAAAAAUCAUAUAUAUAUAUUUAAUAUUUAAGAACUAUAACUUUAACAAAGUUCAAUAUCUAAAAAAUGGAAAAUGAAUGUGUGAAAUAUGAUGAUAUAGAGAAGAAUAAAUACGCAGGGAAAGUGUUUGCUGUGUUCACAAGUGGAGGGGAUUCACAAGGCAUGAAUGCAGCAGUUCGUGCAUGCGUCAGAGUUGGAUAUUAUCUUGGCUGCCAGCCAUAUUUUAUCCAUGAGGGAUACCAAGGGAUGGUAGAUGGUGGGGAAAAUAUAACACAAGCUACAUGGCAGUCUGUGUCAAACAUAAUUCAAAGAGGUGGAACAAUAAUUGGCUCAGCUCGUUGUAAAGAAUUUUUUGAACGAUCAGGGCGUCUCAAGGCAGCUAAAAAUCUUAUUGCAAACGAUAUUACAAACUUAGUUGUAAUUGGAGGUGACGGCUCUUUAACUGGUGCCAAUUUAUUUCGAUGCGA